AUGGACGCAGAGUCUGCCAAACCACAAGAGAACAAGAUGGAGGAGGAGACAACUACCAACACUGCUGCAGCAGAGACUCAGUCUGGAGAGUCAGUGACUGAACAAUUCCAAAAGAUUGGCACAGACAUUAAGGAGUCGGCAAAGGAGUUUGGCACUGAUAUGCAUCAACAUCUAAGUGAGACUGGUCAGACCAUUGGUGAGAAGAUGACCUCUGUUGCCCAUAGUGUUGGUGAGGCCCUCAGCCAAGCUUGGGAAGGUACCAAGUCGGUGUUCCACUCAACAAUGGAAGGACUUCAUGAGACUGGUGAGAAGGUCAAGGAGACUGCCCAUGAGAAGUUUAGCUCACCUGACAAGGUAGAGGUGACCACUCAUACAACUGAAGAGAAGGACAAAGCUACAACUGUUACUGAGUAG